AUGGAAAAUUCUGAAGCUCUUUUCGAAUCUAAUUCUGGAAUUUUAAGUACAUUGAUGUCAGAACUGAAUAAGGAAGUAAGUCUUUUUGUUGAAGGGUCAGAAUCUAUGUUAAUGGUGAAGGAAGUUAAAAAUGAAGACGAAGCUUAUGAUUUGUAUAAUGAAUAUGCUUUUAGUAAAGGUUUUGGUAUUAGGGUUGGGAAAGGUCGGAAGCGUCAAAACAGUGAAUUUUAUACUAUGAAACGGUUCUUGUGUAGCUGCGAAGGGGUUAAAGAUGAAAAAAGGAAGAGAACAAGGUCUUAUGCUAGAUUGGAUACGCGUACUGGGUGUACUGCUUUUGUUCAGUUUUCUAUUGGUAAAGAUGGUGUAUGGACGGUUGUGAAUCAUAAUAUGAUUCAUAAUCAUGCUAUGGUUCCUCUAAAUAAGAGGCAUUUGAUAAGAUCACAAAGGAAGGUUAGUAAGGAGGCUCUUUACUUUAUGUCUACUUUAAAAGCUAGUGGUGUUAAAGUGUCUGAUACCUUGAGGGUUUUGAGGAAAGAAGUAGGCGGAUCACCUAUGGUCGGUUUUACAGCUAGUGAUGCUUAUAAUGCUUUAUCACGUGCAAAAGCUAAUAAACUUGAAGGUCAUGACUGUCAUCAGUUAAUCAAGUAUUUUGCUCAGAGAAAUUCCAGUGAAGAAGGUUUUUAUUAUGACUUUGAGCUUAGUGAAGAAGAGGGACUUUUAAGUUUCUUUUGGCGUGAUGGUCGGAUGAAGAGAGAUUAUGAUUAUUUUGGGGAUUUAUUGGUUUUUGAUACUACUUAUAGGACCAAUAAAUAUGAUAUGAUUUGUGCUCCUUUUGUUGGUAUGAACCAUCAUUCUAAUAAUGUUAUGUUUGGAAUGGGUUUUGUUAUCAAUGAAAAAACCGAAUCUUUUAAUUGGCUUUUUCAAACUUUCCUUACAUCCAUGGGUGGAAAUCCCCCAAUAACCAUUAUGACAGACCAAGCUCCAUCCAUUGCUGCUGGGAUAAGGAAUGUUUUUCCAGAUGCUAGACAUAGAUUAUGUACGUGGCAUAUUGGGGAGAAUUCAAAGAAGCAUAUUGGGCAGUAUAGAGCUUUAGAUGGUUUUUCUGACAUAUUCAAUUAUCUUCUGAAGUAUUGUGAAACUGCUGCUGAGUUUGAAUAUCAUUGGCCAAGAAUGUUGACUCACUAUAAAUGCGUUGAAAAUCCAUGGUUGAAGAAUUUAUAUACAAUUAGAGAGAUGUGGUGUCCUGCUUAUUCUAAGAAUUAUUGGUCUGGUGGUGUGUUAUCAUCACAGCGAUGUGAAACUACCAACAAGUCAGUUUCCCAUCGACUUGAUAAGACACAAGGGUUAUGUGAUUUUUAUCAUGUUUUUUUGGAUGUUAUUUCUGAUUGGAGGAGCAAAGAGAAUGGUCAUGACUACAGAAAUUGGAAAGGUAGACCAGAAGUUGCAGCUGCAAAUUGCGGAAUUCUUCUUCAUGCGAGAAAGAUUUACACUAUAGAAGCAUAUGUUUUGUUUGAAGAACAAUUUCUUAAAGGGAUGGCAUGUUCUCAAGAAGAAAUACGUGGAAACACAGCUAUAGAGAAAAGUUAUUAUGUGUGGAGGCCUAAAAAAGACUUGAUUAAACAUGAAGUUCGGUUUAACCAAGAGACUUUUGCAGUGGAUUGUACUUGUCAGUACUUUACUGAAAUGGGUUUUUUAUGUUCUCAUGCGCUUCGUGUUUAUCAUGUGCAUUGUGUCCCAGAGAUUCCCAAUCUUUAUAUAUUGAAGAGGUGGACAAAAGCGGCUAUGUGCAGUCAUUUGGUUGAAGAUGAUGGUGAAAAGUCUAAUAUAGUUGCGGCUUCUGUUUGGAGGGCACAGACCCUUAGGAAUUUUGUUAAGCUUGUUAUGUCUGGUCAAGAUUCUCUUCAAGCUAGGGCUGAGAAUUUAAGGAAAAAAGGUGAGAGGAAUGACAGAUUGAAGGGUACAGUUGAGAAAAUCUACAAUAAAGCUAAAGGGAAUUGGAGGAGGAGGAAAGCAAAAUUUACAGAUGCAACAAGGUUUAAGGCUCAAUCUGCAGUCAUGGAGUUGGAUGAAGUUGGUGCUCCUGUGAUUUUUUCUAAUUCUCUUAAUGACUCAUCUGAUCUAGUUGUUGAUGCUUCUUUUCCGAAGCCACCUCCAAAAUAUUUUAGAAGAGGUGCUGCUGUUGAUAAAAAUGUAGAAUCAUCGGACAAGGAAAACAAUUCAACAAAUGAAACAUCAAAUGAUUCAUAUGUUCAUGGAAGUACUAAAACCGAUGCAUGUACAAAAGUUAAAGCACCAUUGGCUACUAAAGCACCAUCGGCUACUAAAGCACCAUCGGCUACUAAAGCAACAUCGGCUACUAAAGCACCAUCGGUUAAUAAAGCACCAUCGGCUACUAAAGCACCAUCGGCUGAAAAAAUUACUCAAGUUGGAUCUAAGGUUCAAGGACCUCAAGUUUCAUUGGUUACUAAACCUCCGUUGGGUACUAAAGGAUCUCAUCAAUCUGCUAAUGAUCAAGCUUAUUUGAAAUUUAAGUAUGAUGCUUUCUUAGCUCUUUUUGAUGAAUCAAUGGCUGCUGAAGAAGCCAUUAAAAGUCAAGGAUUUAGUAACUGUUGA